UGUGUGUGUGUGUGAGAAGAAGAAAGAGAGGAGAAAUGCGUCUGCUGUCGUGCAAAUUUCUUGGCCGAGUUGUGAACUCCUCGCUGCCCCAACAAUUUAAUUUGCGAUCCUUCACCAAAACAGUUCCAGCAAUGGUGAAAGUAGGUGAUUCUCUGCCCUCAGUGGAUCUCUUUGAGGAUUCGCCAGCCAACAAGAUAAACACAGGUGAUCUGGUUAACGGCAAGAAAGUAAUCAUAUUCGGCGUACCCGGCGCAUUUACUCCCGGCUGUUCCAAGACCCAUUUGCCUGGCUAUGUGAGCUCCGCCGACGAGCUGAAGUCAAAGCAGGGCGUGGACGAGAUCGUCUGCGUUUCGGUCAACGAUCCCUUCGUAAUGUCCGCUUGGGGCAAGGAGCACGGUGCCGCUGGAAAGGUGCGCCUUCUGGCCGACCCUGCCGGUGGGUUCACAAAGGCCCUGGAUGUGACCAUCGAUUUGCCACCACUUGGUGGCGUGCGCUCCAAGCGCUACUCCCUGGUGGUGGAGAACGGCAAGGUGACCGAGCUGAAUGUGGAGCCCGAUGGUACCGGACUUAGUUGCUCGUUGGCCAACAAUAUUGGCAAGAAGUAAAUGGAUUUUAGACUCCUAAAAAUGCUAAAAACUCAUACAGUAAUGCUAGGCCGCAAUGAUAUCAAUUACGUCUUCAAAAGAACUAUGUAGCACGUACAAUAUAUGCGAUUAGAGAUGUUA